AAAACAACAGCCGUAUAACACUAUCUCAGGUCGACCGAUACUCGGGUCAAUUUCCAUCUCUACUAUUUGGGGAUAAGCACGUUGAAGGAAUUUGAUAAGAUUCUGCAGUUUGAUAUGUAUUUCAGUGUUACCAGCCCGUUCUUUAUCAACUGCAACGGUGUAUGGCAGUCAAGCUUCUAAAAAAAUGUUUUGUUCUACACAAUCAGCUGUUUUCCUUCAAUGACAGAUGGACGGUAGAACAAUUAUGUGCCGGAAUGUUUACAUUCUUGUAUCCCUCGUCCGUUCACCACCAACUAGGAGCACGCAAAAGCAGCAUCGAAAAUGGCACAAGUAUAUCGUAAGCUUUUGAGUGAAAAGGUGUCGCGUAUAGGCGGGGCGAAUUUUCACAUACCGAUGGCGGCACUAAACUUCACGUACAACAAACCAUCUCAAACGCCCGAGCUGCAAGUUUUAGCGCAGUAUUUAGGAAACAAAUACGACAAGGCAUCGUCCCCCAAUGGAAUUGAGCUUUGUGGCUUUGGAAAAGGCGAGCAUCUAAUCAACAUUACUACGGAAAUGCGAUCCGGUAAGCAGUGGGCAAAGGUUUCGUUGGACAGAACGAAGCUUGUACAAACGGUGCUUGCCAGUAAACCAUUAACCGAGCAAUACAAUCCUGCCAGCAGCGAAACUAUUGUUGUAGAAUUCAGUUCGCCCAACAUUGCAAAACCAUUCCACGCAGGUCAUCUGCGGUCGACCAUUAUAGGAAAUUUUGUUUCGAACAUAAAUGAGUUUCUCGGUAACAGAGUGGUACGGCUUAAUUACCUUGGUGACUGGGGCACACAGUUUGGCUAUCUGGCUCUAGGAGUUCAGCUGAAAGGACUUUCACCGGCGGAUAUACAUAACAAUCCCAUCAAAUGUUUGUAUGAGGCAUACGUGCACGCGUACGAGGCAGUUCGGAACGACCCAAAAAUGCAUGAAGUAGCGAUGAACAUCUUCUCCCGUAUGGAACAAGGCACCGCAGAUGACCUACACAAAUGGCAAGAGUAUCGCGACUACACCGUCCAAGAGUUGGAGGAAUUGUAUCGGAGGCUCGGUGUGGCGUUCACUGGAUACGAGUGGGAAUCACAGUAUGGGGUGAACAAAAUAAGAAAUGUCCUCGAGAUGAUGGAACGUUACAGCAUACUAAAAGACCAAACGGAUGGUCGUAAAGUUGUGCAUCUGCAGCAUAGAACUAUUCCGAUUGUGAAGAGCGACGGUUCCGGGAUGUACCUUUUGCGUGACAUUGCUGCCCUGCUCGAUCGACAUGACCGAUUCACAUUUCAGAAAUGUUUUUAUGUGGUCGAAAAUGGCCAGAGUGAUCAUUUUGCAUCGUUAUGCGAUAUAGCACAGCUACUUCAGCUGCCCUACGCUAACGGUAUCGGGCACAUAAAAUUUGGUCGAAUACAUGGAAUGAGCACUAGGCGGGGAAAGGUGGUGUUUUUGAAAGACAUUCUACACGAGGCCCAACAGUUGGUGCGGGAAAAACAACGUGACUCGCCCACCACCAAAACCAGCUCAAUCGACGACCCGGAAGUUUGUGAUAUCCUGGGUACCAGUGCGGUCAUUAUUAACGAUUUAAAACAACGGCGCAUGAAGGACUACAACUUUGAUUGGUCUAAAAUUCUUCGCAUGGAAGGCGACUCAGGAAUUAAGUUGCAGUAUACCCAUUGCCGUUUGGCCAGUCUUCUCCAAACGCAGUCAUCGGCAGAGGAAAUCCUGGAUAUUCAGUGCGAUGGCUCAUCUCUAAUGGAACCGGAAGCUCUGGAUUUGGUUUGUCAGUUAGCCAAUUUUAAACCAAUUUGCUACCAAGCUCAGGAAACGGCCGAAGCAUGUAUACUCGUCGCUUAUCUUUUCCGACUAUGCAAAUCAAUUAACCUGGCCCUCAAAAGUUUGCCGGUUAAGCAAGAAUCCGACAGAAAGAAACGGGAACAGCGAAUACUGUUGUACAGCAGGGCAAAGUUAGUUCUGCACACUGGAUUAGAACUGUUAGGCUUAAGACCGUUAAAUGAAAUGUGAUAGCAUAUCGAUCAAGAGUGCAAAGUAAAGUGUCAAUAUACAAUGUAAAGCAUAUAACACUCAAGGGUGAAUCCUUAAGGAACUGCUGAUGACAUGCAACAAAUAAAUUACGCACUGUUUA